AUGGGAGAAAGAAAAGGUAGAAGACUUGUGGUUUGCGUCGAAAAAACUUAUUUCUGUUGAGAUAACACAGCGUUGUGGGGUUUUAUUACAAACUUUGUCAAGAAGUUGUUUACUUUUAAAAGCUUUUGGGGUUGAAGUUGAUAAAAGCUAUUGUUUCAGCGGGUAUGGGCUUUAAAGGGCUUGUGAAAUUAAAUCAAAAUUAUGGCAAAAUCUUAGGGUAGAGUAGGGUAGACUUGGGUAAGGCACGGUAGAGUAAGGUAGAGUAGAGUAAGGUAGAAUAGGGUAAAGUAGGGUAGGGUAGAGCAGGAUAGAGCAGUGAAGAACAUAGAGUACAACACCACAGGGCAGGGUAGGGUAGAAUCGGGAUGGUAAAGGCAAGGCAUUGUAUGUUACGAUAGAAUAAGGCAAGGAAGGGUAGAACUUGGCAGGGUUGAGCAGGGCAGGGCUACACAGGAGAGAACAGAGCAAGUCAAGGUAAGGCACAGACAGGCAAGGCAAGCCAAUCCAAGCCAAGUCAAGCCAACUUAAGCCAAGCCAAGGCGAGACAAGCCAAGCCAAGGCGAGCCAAGCCAAGCCAAGCCAAGCCAAGCCAAGUCAAGCCAAGCCAAGCCAAGCCAAGCCAAGCCAAGCCAAGCCAAGCCAAGCCAAGCCAAGCCAAGCCAAGCCAAUCCAAUCCAAGUCAAGCUAAGCCAAGCUAA